UUCUGUUGAAGCAUCUAAACGAUGUAGCGGUGGAAUGUCGUCUGAUGGCGGUGGAGAAGCUGAUGCUUUCAGCCAGCUACGAAAUUAAUCAAAUGGUGGACGUGGCGGUAUUUGAUUCCGACGAGCAGGUGAGACGAGCGGCAGCAUAUCGACUAAUCAAAGACGUUGAUUUAAAAGCGUUAUCCAUCAAGCAACGCAUGGAUCUUGCUCAGUCCGUCAUUAAAUUAAGCGGAAUUGUGAACGACUUACUUGCGGAAUGGCUGAAAACAGCGUGCGGGAAGGAGUCUCUUCAGGAAGAUGACGAUGGGAUUGUCUCAUUCUGUUGUGUUGCUUCAUCGCAUCUGCUGCGAUUCUUGGAGCCUUUCACGCAGGAACAGGUUAGCUAUGAUUUGAUGCUUCAUUCGCUGCAGUACUGUCGCCAGAAGAUGGGCCGUGGAGCGGUGGAGAUGCAGGAGUUCGUGAAGAUGCUAAAUGAAGCAGAUGAGGACAUACUACUGCAUAAAUAUAACUACAGAAAACUGGUCGAAGGAAGAUGGUCGCCGAUUGAACAGGCGAAUGCUGUUUUCUACUGGCGAUGUUUGCUGGACUUUUGCAAAUCAAGGUGUACCACGGAAGCCGAAUGGUCCGAGUGUAGCUAUCGCUUAUUGCCGACGAUGCGCAACUUCUGUGAAAUUACCAAUAGGUAUUUCCACUUUUAUAUAUGA